AUGUGUUGGGUUGCUUGGGAUAAUCUCACACUCCCAAAGAACGCAGGAGGACUCGGGUUUAAAGAAAUAGAAGUCUUUAACGAUGCCUUGCUUGCAAAGAUACCUUGGCGCCUUCUCCGCAACCCAAACUCUCUUCUCGGCCAAGUACUUCUAAAUAAAUACUGCAAAUAUGAGAACCUGCUUAAAUGUUCAGCACCGGGGAAUGCCUCUCAUGGGGGGAGGGGAAUCCUCGCCGGCAGAGAAAUCAUUAAGAGAGGAGUGGGAUGGAUCGUUGGAGAUGGUUGCAAUAUAAAUGUGUGGCAGGAUAACUGGCUGUCCACAACAAAACAACUCUGCCCAAGGAUCAGUUCCAGAAACCUCCAGGAGCUAAGAGUCUCGGACCUGAUCUCUUCACAAUCUGCUGAGUGA